CGGCCUGUUCAGAAGCAGGAUGUCGGCGACGGCAGCAUGUGGUCUGGUUGAAUUCCUCCUCUUCACGAAUGUCCUCUCUGCUAUCAAAGGCGAGCCUCAGUUAAUGGGAUCACCAGAGCCAUUAGCAGGAUUGGUGGGUGAGGAUGUCACCCUGCCAUGCAGCCUACAAACUGCAGAGAGUGUUUCUGAGAAGACAGUAGAGUGGACAAGGUCCGACCUGAACCCUACUUCUGUUCACAUCUUCCGUGAAGGGCGGUUGUUGUAUGAUGAGCAAAAUGCAUCCUUCCAACAAAGGACAAGUUUGUUCCUACAGGAACUAAAGAACGGCAACAUGUCAUUAACACUGAGACGCCUUCAGCUCUCUGAUAAAGGGACAUACACAUGCAAACUGGUUCAAAAGAAGUGGGAAACUUUCAUCCAAGUCCGCCUUGUCGUUGGUGCUGUUUCUGAGCCAGAAAUCUCUCCAGAGAACACUGAAGGCACCAGAUUAGUUCUUAAGUGUGACGCUAAGAACUGGUACCCAAAGCCUGAGAUCGAGUGGAGGGACGGGGAGGGACGAAGCAUCGUCCCUCACGACUACAACCAUACGGAGCAUGAUGAAGGCUACUCUGUGUACAGCAGAAUCACAGUGGAGAUGACCGUCAACGACACUUACACCUGUACAGUUCACCAAGAGGACAUCAGACAGUCCAGGGAGACAAAUUAUACAGUUCCCUAUAUCUACAAGGAAGUUGUUUCACUGAGGGAGUCGAAGUCUGCAGUGAUUGGAUUGCUCGCUGUGUUUGGGAUGAUUAUUCUCGCGCUGAUUUUAAGCAUUCUGAUGUACAUAUGUGUCUCUAAAACAUCACCAGGACAGAUAUGUCAGCAGGCGAGGAGGACCAUCAUCAUGGAUGAGAUCGAUGGGCUGAAGAGGGAACAUCUGGAGAGCGAAAUCAGCAACCUUAAGGAGCAAGUGUCACGUCUGCAGGAAGAAAGGGAGCGUUUGGAGAUGGAAGUCAGUCGUCUUAAAGAAGACAUUGAGUGUCAGAGAGGAAAUCAGGACCUCAGAAGACGUCUGAGCUCUGGUCUCGUUACAGCGGAUACUGAGUCUCAGAGGCAGCAGGGAGUGCAGCGGCGCUGACUCUGCUGUGGAAAUACUUCCUGGAGUUCAGAUGAAUUCAUGAAGGAAUAAUUUUCUGUUGAGCAAGUGCACUUCUUAUGUGGCAGUUGAGCUUUUCUUAAUGCAUGCUAGCGGAGUGUUCUUUGGUCCAGACUGAAACGCCUCAACAGGCUUCGGAUGGACUGAUGUGAACUUCAGCACAGACAUUCAUGUUACUCAGUGUGGUGACCCUCUGACUUUCCCUCUAGCGCCACCAUGAGGUAGCAUUUUAAUAUCUGAAGAACGGGAACAUCUCCUUCAUCCUUCACAUCUCCACAGCUUCAACAUACUGUGUGUACGUCACUUUAGAGUGUUAGUGUCCCUUUUACAACACUAGAGGGAGCCACACAGCAACAGAAGCUCUGAGAGUUCAGGGAAUAUCAAUCAAAUCACGAGAACAGGAUGAUCUCAUAUUAAGAGGUAAAGUCUUCUGUUUAAUCCAAACUUUGGUAACAUCAGCUGAUACUUGUUGUUCAUCUUAUCCUCUGAUUGAAACAGACAAAUUUUGAAGGUUAUUUGUUCAGAUGAUGGAACAAGGUCAGAUUACAAUGUCUGCAGCGCAGAAACAUGAAUCAGUCACAGCACAAUGAAGGCAACGCGCAGUCUUUCGAAAAAGUGUUUAUUUUCAACACUGUAUUCAUUGAAUAGAGGUAUUAUUUUUAUAACAUUUGUGAAUAAAAUGCAAAAACUUGUUGAAAUAUUCAUACACAACAUAUUAUCCCUAAAACAGAGAGUGAGAUAAACAUACUUCAGUUGAAUCCUGAGAUCUUUAUUAAGUGCCUCAACGGCAUAACAUGAGGUUAAUCUGAGAAAAAGAUUUAAAUGCAACAUAUAUUUUGAUCUUUAAGAUCAGAGAAAACAACUUUAAUUGGAACAAGUUGUGAAGAGAACAAUACAACAAUGAAAAUACUGUAUACAAAUAUAACUAAUAUUAAAGAUGACCUGCUCAAAGGCACUCAGAGCUGAUGUUAAGAGAGUGGAGAGAACUUAAUCUGAACAAUUUCUUCUGAUUUAAAGAAUAUAGCUCUGAAAAUGUCAGCCAACCACAUCAUUUUGAAACAUUACAGCUUUAGAGGCACAAAAAGUUUAUCUAAAUAUAUCUUUUAUAAAUAAUAAUAGUGCUUUACCUGCAUACAUGAAGAACUAAAGAACAUGUUUCAGAGUAAGUAGCAAAUAAGUAGUAUUUCUGAUUAUGCUAAGCUAACUAAUUUAUUUGCUCAUUUAUUCAAAUGACAUUGGCAUAAAUUUUUGAAAAUUGAGGUAUGUUGAGUAUUUUUAUGGAAUGCAGCUAACAUUUGGACCGUUUUAUUCUUCACUAUAAACAGGUCAUGUUAGCAUGCUAACAUUAGCUUUGUCAGUUGGUGAUGCAACAGUCAGUUAGCAUGUGAAUGCUCAGAAACCCGUCUCUGUGUGCAAGCUAGCCUGUGAGGCGCUACCCGUUUAAUUUAGCAAUGUGUAAAACAUAAGUUAGAACGAGGCUUCGUUUGACAGACUCUGAUGUGUAAUCUACUACAACGUCUGAAAAACAACAAGCCUAAAAAGUGCCUUUGUAAAUAAUAUAUUUCAGUUCAACACAAAAACAGGCCAUUCACAGUUAUCCUCCUCUGGGGAGAAGAGGACGAACACGAACGGUUUGAGUGCAAAAAAACAAAAACUUCAUCCACCACGAGUCGCUUUGAGGUGAACCGGCUGUCAUCUUCAUCAAGUCUGAGCAAACUCAACGCUAAAAGUAAUGCUGGACCAAAGUUCGCCGUCUUUCUCUCCAUUAACAAAAAAAGUCUCAUGGGAUCCUGCCGCAGGUCAUGUGCUGAGAGCACAGUUCUUCAAAGUCUAAACCAAACAUCCAUCAGCUUUAAUGGGUGGAACGCUCUCGUCUCCAUUAACAUCAAGUACUGACGUGUCUUUGAGCAAGGACUCAGGCUGGAAGUGGUUUGCAUGGGGUGUCAUCAUACUUUAUAAGCUGGAGGGACAAUAAACAGAAUUUACAUAAUUAGUCAGCCGGCUCAAAAGUCUGGUACGAUUUACCCAACAAGAAGCUACGAGAGGUUCUGCUUCCUUCCGGCUCACAUUCUGUUGCUGACAUUUGCGGUGAAGUAAAUAUGCGACGACGACACCCAGGAUCAGUAACGUGCAGAGAACAGCUGCGAUCACCGUUGCCAGAUGUGACCGACCACCUGAUGUGAGGAAGAGCAAACAGAGAACGAUU